AUGACUACAGAAUACACCGUCGAGAGGUUCCAGCGGGCAGUCAAGGCCUUCUCUCAACCAGCAUCGCAGCCUCAGCCCGACGAUGCAGCAUCUCUUAUCGAACCCAAACCUCAUUACUACUUGAGACAGCGAGACAAAGCCAAAUCCUCCACUUUGGGCCAGGCUUGGAUUGACAACGACACUACCAAAACAUAUGAUCCCGUUGAAGAUUCACCUCGUUCGAAGCGCAAGCUCAGACCUGAGCAACGACAUGGCAAUUCGUCCAAAUCACGCAAACGACAUCAAACCUUCUGCUCAGACUCCCUCGAAAGUAGCAUAGAAAAAGCGGAGCAACAGAAACGAGAGUCAGAAGAGGAAUCUAGUCUCGAGAAAGAGCUUGAUCUCUCCACAACCUCAGACUACAAUCUUCGCACUCGCAACAGACCAAGUGAGAGCCCCGUGAAGACUGGGAAGAUGGACUACAAGACUGAAACUGGUGGAGUCAACUCGGCUGCUUUUUCCCAUGCGCACAGUGCUUGUGUUGCAUGCCGGGAACUCGGGAUCGAGUGCUCUCUCGUCGAGGAUCCUUUCUACUAUCCCUGUCAGGAUUGUCGACAGGAUGAGCUUGAAUGUAAGCUUGAUCCUCCUGCCCUCUGGAAGCGCGCAUGUGAAGGCUGCAAGAAGCACAGAGAGCCAUGCUCUUACAGCUCUGGUGGCUAUGACCAUAGUCAGCCAUGUCGCUGGUGCACUGAACACGGUUUCGACUGCAUCGCGGGCCCAGCCAAAAGACAGCCACCUUGCGCUGAAGGUCAAUCUCGACAAUCGAAUUUGCAGAUGGUCGUGGAAAUACCCCAGUCAAGCAUGGAUGGAGUCGCCGAAAAUAUAUUCGAUAUCAGCUUGAGCUAUUCCAGCCUAGCCGAUCUCGCUCAUGAGCCCAUCGAGAAGAGUCGUCCUUCGAACUUAAAGGUACAUACUCAGACGCGACAAGGAAGCGAUGCACAGUCUGACAUUACUCUCCAGAGCAAGAUCUGCGUUAUUAUGGGACAAACCUCGCCCCUAAAUACGACUUCUGCAUGGACUCCUGAGGCUGCCUCUUCCAGCCCUGGUGGCCUGACAUUUCAGCCCCCGAACGGCCUGCCACCGUCACUUACGGAUAUGAGCCAUUCCCGCCCCGAGCCCACAGGUGUCUAUCACGACCCAUAUACUGGCCAACGGUAUACGUAUACAGGUGCGACUGAGCCAAGUCGCAUGUGCAUCAAUUGCACCAUCGAUCGAGUCGCCAUCCUGAAAUGUGCCCACAGCAAAAUCGAACGCGUGCCUGGACUUCCGCUGAACAACCUUGAGAUUUGUGCGGCGUUUGAAGAGCUCGCCGAAGCUUCAAUGGGCCUCAAGGCAGGAUCAAUGCACGCAGGAGAGCCGUUUCCCUCCCCUGGAUACCCAUGGUGCUGCAUCUGUCAAGAGCCAGCUUCGUACGAGUGUACAGACCCUCAAGCCUCAACCAGCAGCGAACUGUCCUUAGACGAUUAUGUCCCUACCGUUGGGCGCUGUGGUCUUCGACUUUGUGACUACUGCGCCCACUACGCCAAGCUAUACCGUGGUGACCUUGACGCAGUGUACAAGCGUGGAGCAGACGACCCCAACAACAAGACUGCGUUCCGUGCUGACGUGGCAUUGAUUCUAAAGCGUUCUCCUAACGAGGAAUUCGUGCAUUCUGGUUGA